AUGAAGAAUCCUUUACUGCAAAUAUUCCCCAUCCUCUGGGCCGUCGCCUCGGUCUUCAUGGCCUGGGAAGCACUAUGCAUCCUCACCGGCUCCAGAUACCCCAUCCUGGUUGUAACGUCCGGGUCCAUGGAGCCAGCCUUCCAGCGCGGCGAUCUCAUCUUCCUUUCGAACCGGCAGCAGAUUAUCCAUCCUGGCGAUAUCCCUGUGAUCUGGAUCCCAGGGAAGCCGCUGCCUAUGGUUCAUCGGGCGAUUACUGUUGAUUAUCAGGCCGUGGAGGGACAGGGACAGCUGAAACAACACAUCUUGACAAAGGGGGAUAAUAAUGCGGUUGACGAUAGGUACAUGUACGUCCCAGGACGCCCGUUUGCACUCCGCGAAGAGGUGGUCGGGUUGGUGAAGGGGUAUGUGCCGAGACUGGGGUGGGCGAGUGUGGCUCUGCAAGGCGGAUUGAGGAAGGAAUAA